GCCGCGCCUCCAACAUGGCUGAGGUGGUGCCGCUUCUCCUGCGGUGGGAGCGCGGCGGAGGAUGCUGAGCCUCCCGGGAGCCGCCGCCGCCGCAGCAGGGGUGGUGAGGCCCGAGGCGCGCCCCUCGCAGCCAUGGCCAGGCUGGCCGACUACUUCAUCGUGGUGGGCUAUGACCACGAGAAGACAGCAGGCCCAGCAGAAGGUUUGGGAAAAAUAAUACAGAGGUUUCCUCAGAAGGACUGGGAAGAUACUCCUUUCCCACAGGGAAUAGAGUUGUUUUGCCAACCUGGAGGAUGGCAGCUUUCAAAAGAGAGAAAACAGCCGACGUUCUUUGUGGUGGUUUUGACUGAUAUAGACUCGGAGAGACACUACUGUUCCUGCCUAACUUUCUAUGAAGCAGAGAUUAAUCUACAGGGAACGAAAGAAACUGAAGGAGAAGAGGAGUCUGGUUUAAUUGCGCCUGCUGAAGUCUUUGCUCCUAAGAGUCUGGUGCUUGUGUCCAGACUAGAUUAUCCAGAAAUUUUCAGGGCUUGCCUUGGACUGAUCUAUACUGUGUAUGUGGACAGCCUGAAUGUGUCCCUGGAGGCUCUCAUUGCAAAUCUCUGCUCAUGCCUUGUCCCUGCUUCUGGAGGGUCUCAGAAAUUGUUUUCUUUGGGAGCUGGAGACCGACAACUGAUACAGACUCCUCUACAUGAUAGCCUUCCUGUUACAGGCACCAGUGUGGCUCUUCUCUUUCAGCAGCUGGGAAUCCAAAAUGUACUCAGCUUGUUCUGUGCCGUGCUUACGGAAAAUAAAGUUCUCUUUCACUCAGCAAGUUUUCAGAGGCUCAGUGAUGCCUGCAGGGCUCUGGAGUCUUUGAUGUUUCCUCUCAAAUAUAGUUAUCCAUAUAUUCCAAUUCUUCCUGCGCAGCUACUGGAAGUUCUCAGUUCACCAACGCCUUUCAUAAUUGGUGUACAUUCUGUCUUUCGUAAUGACAUUCAUGAGCUCUUAGAUGUAAUCAUUGCAGAUCUGGAUGGAGGCACUAUUAAAAUUCCUGAAUGUAUUCAUCUUUCUCAGCUCCCAGAACCAUUGCUACACCAGACUCAAAUGGCGCUUUCUCUAGUUUUGCAUCCUGAUUUGGAAACAGCAGAUUAUGCCUUCCCUCCCCCACGAACAGCUUUAUCGCACACAAAAAUGCUGGAUAAAGAAGUGCGAGCAAUUUUCCUUAGGCUAUUUGCACAACUUUUCCAAGGAUACCGGUCAUGCCUUCAGCUGAUCAGAAUUCAUGCUGAGCCAGUCAUUCAUUUCCACAAGGCAGCCUUUUUGGGCCAGCGAGGCUUGAUUGAGAAUGACUUCCUAACCAAAGUUCUCAAUGGAAUGGCAUUUGCUGGUUUUGUGUCAGAGAGGGGACCUCCCUUUAGAGCCUGUGAUCUUUUUGAUGAGUUGGUAGCCUUUGAAGUUGAAAGAAUUAAGGCUGAUGAAGGUAAUCCACCAAAAAUGAUAAAGCAUGUUAGAGAACUUGCAGAACAGCUCUUCAAAAAUGAGAAUCCCAAUCCCCACAUAGCAUUCCAGAAAGUGCCACGGCCCACGGAGGGCUCCCACUUGCGGGUUCACAUCCUCCCAUUCCCCCGGAUCAAUGAGUGCCGAGUACAGGAGCUGCUCCAGGAAGGUCUUGCAAGGAGUCAGGGUGCCCCCCCUGCCACUAGGGGGGACAAGAAGUGUGUUGUUCCCGCAGGUCCUCCUGUUGUUUCCAUAAUGGAAAAAGGAAGCACGGUUUUCAAUAGUGCACAAAGGUUGGAAGUUGUUAGAAACUGCAUCUCAUUCAUCUUUGAAAAUAAAUUUUUGGAGACUGAAAAGACCUUGCCUGCAGCUCUGAGAGCCCUAAAAGGAAAGGCAGCCCGGCACUGCCUGACACAGGAAUUAGGCCUGCAUGUUAAACAAAAUCGAGCAAUACUGGACCAUCAGCAGUUUGACUACAUAGUACGAAUGAUGAACUGUGCUUUGCAGGAUUGCUCGUCAUCAGAAGAAUAUAGUGUUGCUGCAGCCUUGCUACCCCUGACAACUGCUUUCUAUAGGAAAUUAGCACCUGGAGUUAGUCAGUUUGCUUACACAUGUGUACAGGACCAUCCGAUCUGGACUAACCAGCAGUUUUGGGAAACCACCUUUUAUAGCAAUGUGCAAAAUCAAGUUCGUUCCCUCUACCUUACAGCCAAAGAAGACAACCAUGCAGUACAACCAAGACAGAAGGAGAAAAAUUCUGCAGGUCCAGACCACGAUAAGACAGCAAUGGAUCUGGCUGCGGAGCAGUUGCGACUGUGGCCAACUCUUAAUAAACAAACUCAACAGGAGCUAGUCCAGAAUGAGGAAAGCACAGUUUUCAGUCAGGCAAUUCAUUUUGCUAACCUCAUGGUCUACCUGCUAGUACCACUAGAUACAAGUAAGAACAAGUUAUUGAGAGCAUCAGCUACUGGUGACUGGGAGAGUGGAAGCAACAGUAUUGUCACAAACAGUAUUGCAGGCAGCGUUGCAGAGAGUUAUGACACUGAAAGUGGAUUUGAGGACUCUGAGAACAAUGAUGUUGCAAAUGCAGUUGUACGUUUCAUCACCAGAUUUAUUGACAAGGUUUGCACAGAGAGCGGGGUUACACAGGAUCACAUCAAGGGUCUUCAUUGCAUGAUACCAGGCAUUGUAGCAAUGCACAUAGAGACUUUGGAGGCUGUCCAUCGUGAGAGUAGAAGGCUUCCACCAAUACAGAAGCCCAAAAUUCUACGACCAACUUUACUGCCAGGAGAAGAAUUUGUUUGCGAAGGUCUCCGUGUGCUACUGGAUCCUGAUGGCAGAGAGGAAGCUACAGGAGGACUGCUUGGAGGUCCUCACAUCCUCCCUGCUGAAGGAGCUUUGUUCCUUACUACCUACAGAAUUAUAUUUAAAGGCACUCCUCACGAUCAGCUGGUGGGAGAGCAGACAGUGAUCCGGAGCUUUCCUAUUGCAUCUGUUACAAAGGAGAAGAAAAUCACCAUACAAAACCAGCUGCAGCAAAGUAUGCAGGAAGGCUUGCAGAUCACUUCAGCUACCUUUCAGUUAAUUAAAGUAGCGUUUGAUGAAGAAGUAAGUCCUGAAGUGGUGGAAAUAUUUAAGAAACAGCUAAUGAAGUUCCGUUAUCCUCAGUCUAUCUUCAGCACAUUUGCAUUUGCAGCUGGACAAACAGCACCACAGAUAAUUUUACCAAAGCAAAAAGAAAAGAACACUUCAUUCCGUACCUUCUCAAAAAGCAUUGUGAAAGGAGCAAAACGUGCUGGGAAGAUGACAAUUGGUCGCCAGUAUUUGUUAAAGAAGAAGACGGGCACAAUAAUGGAAGAAAGAGGGAAUCGUCCAGGCUGGAAUGAAGAUGACGAUGUCUCUGUUUCAGAUGACAGUGAGCUGCACACAAGUGGUACCCUAAAAGCAUCAGAGAAGUCAACAAUGGAGCAAUUGGUAGAGAGAGCCUGUUUCAGAGACUAUCAACGUUUGGGAUUAGGGACCAUCAGUAGUAAUACUUCUCGCUCAAAAAUGGAAUACUUGAGAAUAACUGCACUGAACAGAAUGUAUUCACUUUGCAGAAGUUACCCUGGGCUUCUGGUAGUACCUCAGUCUGUUCAAGACAGCAGUUUGCAGAGAGUUGCUCGCUGUUACCGUCACAAUCGCCUACCAGUUGUGUGUUGGAAAAACACAAAAAACAGUUCUCUUCUACUUAGAUCUGGGGGCUUUCAUGGCAAAGGUGUUGUUGGCCUCUUCAAAUCCCAAAACACACAUACUACAGCUCCUGCUUCUUUAGAAUCUUCAAGCAGUAUAGAACAGGAGAAAUACCUUCAAGCCUUACUGAAUGUGAUAUCCGUCCACUGCAAAAUGAAUAGCACUAAUACUCUCACUGUUAGACCAACAAUUGCUCUAUCACCAGGCACUGAAAGGAGGGCUUCAAGAAUGUCUACUGUGUUUAAGCAGGUAGUGCCAGGACAUUUGGAUGUAAAUCUAUCCAAUAGCUUUGCUCGAGGAGUGCUUGGGUACAGAGAUAAAUGUUUCACUCAUUCCAAUUCCAAAUCAGCAACUAAGGGAAGAGUCCAUCAAGGUGUAUGGGCCAGUCUUCGUUCAAGCAACCGAUUUAUCAACUCUCAGACUCCAUUCAUUGAUGUUGGUGCAAGACUUGCAGGGAAAGAUAAUGCCACUUCCUACAGUAGCACUUUUUUGCAAAGUCAGCUUUUGAGACGUCAAGCGGCCCUGUACAUAUUUGGAGAAAAAUCUCAGUUACGGGGCUUCAAACUUGAUUUUGCUUUGAAUUGUGAAUUUGUUCCUGUUGAAUUCAGUGAUAUCCGACAGACAAAGGCAAGCUUUAAAAAGCUGUUGAGAGCUUGUGUUCCCAGCACUAUUCCUACAGAUUCUGAGGCAACAUUCCUGAAAGCUCUUGGGGAGUCAGAAUGGUUCCCACAGCUUCACAGGAUAAUGCAGUUGGGUGUGAUCAUCUCAGAGCUCCUAGAAAAUGGUUCUUCUGUUAUGGUCUGUUUGGAAGAUGGCUGGGAUAUUACUGCACAAGUAGUAUCUCUGGUACAGUUACUCAGCGAUCCCUUCUAUAGAACACUUGAAGGCUUCCGAAUGCUGGUGGAAAAGGAAUGGCUCUCUUUUGGUCAUAAAUUCAGUCAGCGAAGUAAUUUGACUCUAAAUUGUCAGGGUAGUGGAUUUGCACCUAUUUUCUUACAGUUCUUAGACUGUGUGCAUCAGAUUCAUAACCAAUAUCCAACAGAGUUUGAGUUCAAUCAGUAUUAUCUGAAGUUCCUAGCUUUUCAUCACAUAUCAAAUCGAUUUAAAACAUUCCUUCUGGAUUCAGACUAUGAAAGACUAGAACAUGGGACACUGUUUGAAGAUAAAGGAGAUAAACACACCAAAAAAGGAAUUUGUAUUUGGGAUUGUAUUGAAAAGAUGCACAAGAGGAGCCCUAUUUUCUUCAAUUACCUCUAUGCUCCCACUGAAAUAGAGGCCCUGAAACCAAAUGUAAGUAUGUCCAGCCUCAAAAAGUGGGAUUACUAUGUAGAAGAGAUUUUGGCUACAGGUCCUUCUUAUGACUGGAAUAUGGUGGCUGCAAAAUGCAGUGCUUUAGAGGAAGCUGACCAAACAGAUGGUUCAGUCUCUCAGAAAAAGAGGAAAAUAGUGUGGCCAUGUUAUGAUGAUGUUAAAAAAAUACAACCUGAUGCCAUCAGCAGCCUUUUAAAUGAAAUUGAAAGGUUGGAAAGUAAAUUAAAUCAGAGCCCAGAAAGAUGGCAGCUUUUGUGGGAAAGGGUCAAAAUGAAUCUAAAGGAUGACACUAGACAAGACAAUCUUCAGAGACAUCCUUCUGGCUCCUCAGGGAUGAUGUCAGCUAAUCUACAUUCCUAUCAAAAGAGAUCUUUGUUGGAAAUGCCUGACAAUGGGCUGGGUGAGGAACAGAGUGCAAGCAUAUCUCCCUCCAAUGGAGUAGAUAGGAGAGCAACUACUCUAUACAAUCAUUUCACAUCAAAGAAUGAUGAAAAUAGAUCUUUUGAAGGUACGCUAUACAAAAGAGGAGCUUUGCUGAAAGGUUGGAAGCCUCGCUGGUUUGUGCUGGAUGUGACCAAACACCAGUUACGAUACUAUGACUCUGGUGAAGAUACAAGCUGUAAGGGUCACAUAGACCUUGCAGAAGUAGAAACAGUGAUUCCUGCUUCUCCAACUAUUGGAGCCCCAAAACAUGCAAGUGAAAAAGCAUUUUUUGAUUUGAAGACAAACAAACGUGUGUAUAAUUUUUGUGCCCAAGAUGCACAGAGUGCUCAACAAUGGAUGGACAGAAUCCAGAGCUGCAUUUCAGAUGCUUAGAAAGGAAUAACAUUCCAUAAUCAAGAUAUGUUUAAAGCAACUCUUUUUGUAAGAUGUGUUCUGAAAUGUUGCUGACAACCAGCCUUCCUUACAUUUCAGCUAUAGACAUUGAUAAUAUGCUGAAGUUUCUUUUCUGUUUAAUAAUUAUAACCACUGUAACCAUUUUUUUUUUCCUGCAGGGAGGACUUUGAAAAAUAAUAAUUCAUUUAUUCUGAAUUUCCACUUUCUUCAGUACAAUUCCUAGCUAUAAAGUGAGCCGUAUUUGCACUAUUUUCUAAUCCUGAUUUUCUCAUUUCAGAGUUGCUCUGAUAAGGAAAGCUGUCCAAAGUAGCUUGUAGAAAUCUCUACAGCAGAAAGUCUAUUUUCUCCUUAUUUAUAUUUUUAAACAGAAAUUCUUAAUUCCAAGGUAGUCGCUAAUAAGAGGAAACAUGUCUACACGUCUCCUAAAAAGAAAGAAAGAAACAAAGCUUGUGAGUCCAGUGACAUAUAUCUCAGAUUGUUGAUAUUUAAACUGUUGAUAUUUUUUUAAGACCAAAAAAUGAAAUUGCCAGGUAACAGAUUUUCAAGCGUCUUCUCAGCAUGCAGGCCAGUCUUUAAUCUCAUGCUCUACAGAGUGCUUCAGCAACGUUGUUAUGGAAUUUCAAGUUCUAGGGAUUAUCUGAAGAUCAUAGCACUUUCUUUUUAGAUUCUGUUUGCUAUUAUGGUGGGUUAUGUGAAAGAAAUCUGGCUGACACUAUCAUAGAGAUACAGGAAAAAAAACAAACUAGGAAUUUGGUAGAAGGAAGAUCUCUUAAGUGUGAGUUGUAUAUGUUAAUUUAUAUGCUGUUCUGCUCACUGUAAAAUAAAAAAUAACAAACGUGAUGAUAAUGCACUAAACAGUGGAGCAAGCACUUGCACUGAAAUCUUUAAAAUGCUCACAUUUUGAAUGACAGGUAAGUUAUUUAUAGCAGAACAAUACUAGCUAGUUAACAUUUACAGAUAUUAAAUAAUGUAAAUAAUCUGGUUUGAUGUGUUGUGAUUUGAUACUUUUUAAACAUUUUUUGCACAUAAAUUGGAAGACUGUUUAUAGAUUUUUACAUUUGAUAAAAUUGUGUUUGUUCAACUUAAAAUCUUGGGAGAAAUGUGUUUAAUAACCCCAAAUUAUUAAAAGUUUUACAGUCUACAAAUAGUGAUGACAUUGAGUAGAAUCUGUAGGUAACUAAGCCAUUGUUUUUAUUUUGAUAUGUUAAUAUGUUAAAUAGCACACUAAUAUUACAAAAAAUGUAUAUAUGAUUCAGUAUUUUCUCAUUUUUUUUCUAGACAUUCUGCUUAUAAUUUAAUGUCAGCCUAAUCAAACUGACUAUACUUAUACAAUUUUUCAGUUAUUAAUUUUUUGUUUGUUUUUUAUAACUAAUGUAUUUUGUCAGAAAGGAAUAUAAACUUCUCACUUCACAUACACAAUAGGAAAUGCAGCUGUUUUUAAUGCAUUUACAAUUUCAAAACAAAGAAAAUGAAGGAUUUUUCUAGCAUUUUUCAAUUGACAAAUUUCCACCUGUGACAAUGGUGUUUGCACAUUUGUAUGUUUCUUUGUAUAUGAAGUACUUUUAUAUGUACUUUGUAAAAUACUGAUCCUGCUAUUAGGUUAUAUGAAAAUUUACAUACCACUUCUUAUUUUGUAACUAGUUCAUUUUAACUCUUGUAUGUUCUGUGAUAUAAUCAUCUUGUAAUAAAUACACUUCUUAAGUAAAACCCUUCCUUUUACUGUAAAAAGAGAAAUCAGCAAGACCCCACAUGUUGAGAUAUUUCCACAGGCACAAGACAAAUCCUUAUUUACUCUGUAUUAAGAAUUGUAUGGUCUUUUGUAUACUUGUACAUAUUCUUACACAAGAGUUGCACUUCAGCAUCCUUAACUCAAACACUUGUCAACAGUAACACUAAAGACUAAAGAAAUCAGAAUUUAAAGCAAGAUUAUCAUUCUAACAAGUCUCAAUGUAUGGCCUUUAUGAAAAGACUAAAUAUGUAACGUUUAUACUAAGUUGUUGAAUAAUUAUGUUAAAUAUUAGGGGAAAAAAAGGGAAAAAAAGAUUUUUCCUAUAUGCUCUCACAACAUAAAUCAGCCACGUACUUUUCACCAUGAAACAUAUCUCGCUCAUUUAUGUUACUUUAUUCAUAAGCAAUCUAGUAUGAAAUAAAUAAAAUGUAAGAACUGACAAGAUCUUAUUGGAGAAUAGGUAUCUAAAUUGAAUUCCUGAGUGUAGUGUGGGUUAGCAGAGUUAAAAUGGAAAGGGAAUGUGUGAUGGAGGUAGGGGACUUGUGACAAUUCUUAAAUGCUGUGGUGCUUAGAGUUUGCAUAUUGAGCUUGGCAUGAAUGCUAAUGUUGCCUUAAAUGUUGAUCUCAAUUUUUAGUGUCUGUAUUGAUGGAAAAUGGACUUGAGCAACUUAACUUAAAAAUAUCCAAAUAAAAGUUGAAAUGAGAUAUCAGUAUUUGUGUUGUUUAUGUAAGGAAUAUACAAAUGAAUGCCAGGCCUACAUAGGUUCAUGGCGUAAAGACAAAGAAUUAGUAGUGUACCUUAGGAUCUCUCCUAUACAAAACAAAGAUUCAAAUGGAAACUCAGAAGAAAUGUGUAGAAGUUUGAGUAGCAUAAGUUGCAAGGCUUUUCAGCCCGUUUGAGUUGUGGCAGCAAGAGUAAGGAAAUAAAAGGAGAGAAUUAGUUUGGGAAAAACUCCGUGUGAAAAGGUAUCCAUCUUCUUCAUGCUCCUUGAAAAAGGAACCCUUCCAGGAGUUCGGGGUGAGGGAAGUAUGUGCUUUCUCUAUUUCAUAUCAUUUCUAUACUGUGUAUUAUAAAUUGAAAAGACAGAUAAUUAGCAGGGGCUCUUUACUUAAGAGAAGAUGGAUUUCUUAGCUUUGUUUGUGUUGAGAAACAAACUGAUCUUAAUAGGUGAUGGGAUGAACUGAAUUUAAGUUUCGAAGAGUUUCACAGGCAUACUAUACUAGAAAUUUCUCCUUUUCUAACACUUAAGCAUUUUGUAUUCCAUAUUUUGUAUGGAACUUCGGAAUUAUUGUAUUAAAUAAUACAGCUCAGAACAUGCCACAUGUGUGGGUCACUGGUUACGUAACAAUACACAAACAGCUAGGACCAAAUGUUCAAAAUUUUCUAUCACAUCCCACACACAUUAUUUGUAUCGGAUACUUUGCAAACUGCAGACAUAACAAAAAUGUAGUGAUUUUUUCCAAAUACUGUAAUUUUGUUUUUUCAUCCUGUAAUAUUCUUGGAGUAUGCUUAAGUGGCUACACCGCAUUUCUCAUUUUUCAUAUCUGUGAUCAUCCAAAUAUUUUGUCUGUUCAUGAUUAUCCUGUGGUUGCUUUGGGGAGUCAAAAAACUGAAAUGAGUCCACCAGUUCCCCAGUUAUGCUAAAGUUCAUGCUGAGUAUCACCGUCACAUCUACUUUUAGAGUUUUUGUCUGUAUUAGUUUAGUUUCUUGCCAGAUUUUGGCUACUGUGUAAGCCUGCUCAUUUAAGAAAUUUUCAUCUUUGUGGUUUUUUUCAUGUGUAGCAACUUUUAUUAAUUGUAUGUCAAAUAGAGAUGCUCCAGGUUCAAUGUCAUUUACUCUCUUUGCUUACUCUCCCAUCUAGACUGCAAAAGGAAUGGAUUGCUGAUACAAGGACUGCUGAUAGGAAUUGUUUUUGUUUUCUCUUGCAUAAUACAAAAUCUCCAAGGUCUAAUUUAGCCUAUUGUUAUUUUUCUGCUUUAGACCUUUCUGGUUUAAGCUGAUAAGAAUUAUCACCCAGAGGAACUCUUCAAUUCUGUGUCUUUAAUCCACCACUCUUUAAGAUUGCCUACAUGUGCACAUGCGUGUAGUGAACUGUCUACCAUCUUUAUCUGCAAUCACACUCCAGUAAUUAAAAGUCAGAUACUAAGUUAAAAGGGUAAGAUUCCCUUCUUUCCACUGACAGUUAUUGAAAUUUCUCCGUUGUCAUAUUUUAUAAUCAACUGUAAAAUAACACAGCUUUUGGUAAGCCAAGAGUAUCAUAGUGAUCACCUGAGACAUCCCUGAGAAGAUGAGUCUUUCUUCAACUGAGAUACCUGAUUUCGUAUGAGGGUUCUAUGUGCUACUUCUAGAAAAUUCUCAAAACCCAAAGUUGGAACAGAAGUUAAAGCUGUAUUUUAAAGACAGUCUGUCUAAUGUUUAUUUGUUUAUACCUUCAUCUCUAUGCAGACUUUACAAACCAGAAGAUGCAUUAGUGGCAGCUGAAUUAAAAUUCCACAUCACUAGUCGUAUCUACCCACAGUACUGUCCUAUUUGUCUUUUUUAUGGUGGCCUGAUCUGAUUGACCUCUGCUUCUAUAAAAUACUGCUUGUUGUCAACAUCCAGCAUGGAACUAAUGCUCAAUUUCAAGUUGCACCGUGUGGUUCAUGAUUCUUAUAUUUUUCAGAUUUUGCACAUUCUUGAAUAGGAAAUAUUGCUUGACUGUGGCAAAUUUAAAGUUAUGGUUUCCAUUCCAUGUGUUUUUUAAAUGGAUGUUUUGUUUAAAUGUCUUAUAGGGAAUUCUUAGCCUAUGGUUUUGUCUACAAAGUGGGUAAUAAAUAGAAGAUGGAAAUAGCUAAGAUAAAAAUAACAUUAUAUUUCCUGGAAAGAGAUAUAAACAUAGCUGGUUUUUUACAUGUUAAAUGGUACUUGAUAUUUUGUCUUCAUUGUGGUUUAUCGAAUGUCUCUCACUGUUAAAGUCAGUAAGGAUUCUUGUAUUUCAGUUCCCCUAAACCUACCACCAAACAAGACCUCCAGACCUUGUAGUGUUCCUUUGCAUUAAAUAUCUCCAUUUAUUGUCCAGAAUUGAUGCUAGAUUCAACAUCACUGCUUCAUGAUGGGCAGAUGGGAUUAUUUCGAGUUUAAUACCAGAAGGUGUUUUGUUCAAGUGCUUUCCCAGUAAGGACAAAUGCUCAAAAUAUGAGCAGUAUACUGACAGCACUGCAUUCUUUGCCAGGUUACAGUGGCUGCAGGUCAUAAUUAGUAGUGCUGGUGAGUUCAAAAUUGUAUCUACAUACAAGACCUCCAGUAAGUUCAAAAUUGUAACUACAUAAGUUUGCGGAUAAGUAUAUGAAUUAAGUUCAAUAUAGUAGAUAAUAGUACAGGUAAAAUCACUGUUUAAAUGCUUAUGGGUUCAGGUUCUGUGUAUAGUGGAUUGUUUUUGUGCCAUCACAGCGGAUGGCACAGAGCUUUUUUAUUUGUGCUGUACUGUCACUGGCAAUCAUGUUAGCUGAAUGAAAUGCUUACAGU